AUGCUGUCUUUGGAACCAAUGACCACGACACCAGACACCACUGCAGUCACUGUCAAAGGAAAACAACAACCACUGGUCGAACCCAUUCUACAAGAGAAUCCAAACAGAUUCGUACUAUUUCCAAUCCAGUACCAAGAUGUAUGGCAAAUGUACAAGAAGGCUGAAGCAUCUUUCUGGACGGCUGAAGAAGUCGACUUGUCAAAGGAUCUAAACGACUGGGAUAGACGUUUGAAUGAUGACGAACGUAUGUUCAUCUCACAUGUCCUCGCCUUCUUUGCCGCAUCUGACGGCAUUGUAAACGAGAAUCUGGUCGGCCGAUUCUCACAGGAUGUACAAAUCCCUGAAGCUCGUUGCUUUUAUGGCUUUCAAAUCAUGAUUGAAAACAUUCACGCUGAAAUGUACUCGUUAUUGAUUGACACGUAUAUAAGAGAUCCCGCUCAACGUGAAUAUCUUUUUGAUGCCCUUGAAACAAUCCCUUGUAUUAAAAAGAAGGCUGAUUGGGCUCUUAAAUGGAUUGAAGACAAGGACUCGCCAUUCUCUAUUCGUUUGGUUGCUUUUGCUGCAGUAGAGGGUAUCUUCUUUAGCGGGUCAUUUGCAUCCAUCUUUUGGCUCAAGAAGCGUGGUAUGAUGCCCGGCCUGACCUUUUCCAAUGAAUUGAUAUCUCGAGAUGAGGGGCUUCAUUGUGACUUUGCCUGUCUCUUGUUUUCACUGUUGGAAAACAAGCCCCCGAAAUCGACCAUACUCUCUAUAAUUACCGAGGCCGUAUCGAUUGAACAAGAGUUUUUGACGGAAUCACUGCCAGUUGCUCUGAUUGGAAUGAACUCUGCCCUGAUGAAGCAAUAUAUAGAGUUUGUAGCAGAUCGUCUGUUGGUAGCAUUGGGAUGUGAGAAGCAUUACAAGGUUGGCAAUCCAUUCGAUUUCAUGGAUAUGAUUUCACUUCAGGGCAAGACCAACUUUUUUGAAAAGAGAGUUGGAGAGUAUGCCAAAGCAGGAGUUAUGGGUGGACGUGACCCAACCGCCAAGGAAUUUACAUUGGAGGCCGACUUUUAG